AUGGGUAAGCUGUCAAAAUCAUGUCGACUCCUGUGUGGGCAUGAGGAGGGCUGGCACUUGGUCCCCAAGCCCCUCAGUUUGUUCACAAACACAGCGGAGGAGAUUAUAGACACCAUUACAGAGGCUGCUCCAUUCCUGGCCAGAUUCUACGCCAUCCUGAAACAGAGCUCUGUCAAACUGAAGUGUCUUAAUGGACAACUGGGAGAGAGUUUCAUGAAUUUCCUGGACCAAGAGGGAAAGACAACUUCCAACUUCCUGAUGGCUUACAUGGCUGUCCAUAAAUUGGUGUCAUCUCAUGUUGAAAAUGAAGAAUUCAUCAGGCAGCUUGACAGAUGCCAUUUACCCAGUGGAAAAGUGGCAUGGCUGUGUGAAAAACACUCCAAAGGAAACAGAAUUACUAAGUUAGGGGUCGGCUCCAUCAGUGUGCACGGUCAGGGACAGACCAUUCUCAACAAAGAGGACGAGCUGAUGAGGGAAUAUCUCAAAACCUCCCCUAUAGCAUCAGCUCUGAUGGGCCGCCCAGACAGAGAGACGUCAAGUCUUAACACUGAAAGACAACCAUCCAUGAUCAAGGAACAAAGUAACGUGUCUGUUGUUAUAGAAAAGGAGGAAAUUAAGGAGACGGCGCGUUCAAAACAGAAUGGUGACAUUGCUGAAGGGAAGCCGACUGCCAGCAAAAAGAAAACUGCAGAGGACAAAGGUAAAACAUCCCAGACACCUAAAGGCAAGCAGUCUAUUGACAAGAAAAAAGGAGAUGAUAAAACUGAGGAGAAAUCGGACAACAGCGCCCCCCAGUCUCCGUCAUCUAGCACCUCCUCUACCAGCAUGAGUCAGGUGGCGGGCACGGUCCGGAAAUUACAGCGCAAUUACUCCAAGUCAGGUCGGCAAAAAAGUCAGGCUUGUGUGCUGCAGUAAACCGUCCUGUAUACAGACUGUAAAUCAUUGUUAUACAAUUGUGUGUUAGUGUUAAUGUUCAUCUUUCAACUCUCAUAUAAUUCUAACUGUAGUUCCUAUAGAAAAGCAUGAUUUACAUAAUUAUGUAGAGGUUUGAUCCAUUAAUCUGAAUCAAUUUUAACCUCUUGUAGAAAUAUUAGCAAGAUGAAGGGUCAAUUUUUACUUAUUAUUCAUCCAAACUGCACCAGUUAGAUAAAAUUGUUAAUCUUGUAACGUAACAACAUGUAAGUAAAACGCAUCUAAAAUGCAGUGCCAGGGAUAGACAAUUUUACUUCAUUUAUAGAAGGGUAAUUUGUUAUAUCUGUUAAUAUUACAAUAAAUUUAAAAGCUAAAGGGAAUGAAAAUCGCUUUGGUAAAUUGAUCGUGUGUUUACUUGAACCAUGUUUUUACUGAAGUUUAUUUGAAUGUUUUGUAUUGCACAUUUUGAGACAUUGAAAAACGGCUUUGGCAACAAUGUGCAAAUUUUUUUGUUUAUAAUGUAUAGUUUUAAAAGAAAUGCAAUGGAACUUGCUUUAUUGUCCGAGAAUAAAUCAAACCUAUUGUUGAUAUUGGUUAUUUAUUAUAAUGUACUUAUUUCUUGUAUACUGGAUUUAUCCCUUUCUACGUUUGCCUUGGAAAUUCAUUGUUUUCUUUCAUGGAAUCUACAAGUCAAAUAACUUUAUUCAUUCACUGUGAUACAUGUUAAUUGUUUUAUUUUACAACUUUGUUAUUUAUAUAUCAAUUACAUAUCAAUAUAAUUAUACACUUAAUACUUAUAUGACAGUAUACUUUUCAGGUUUAGUAUGCUCACUAAUUUAUUUUCAAUAUACUGGAAGUAGAUCUCU